AUGGCCGCUGAGGAAAAGAGCAGGAUCUUGGUGGUCGGCGGCACGGGGUGCCUGGGCCGGCACGUCGUCGCGGAGAGUGCACGGCUGGGUCACCCCACCCUCGCGCUCGUCCGGGACACGGCUCCGUCCGACCCGGCCAAGGCCCAUCUGCUCAAGAGCUUCCAGGACACCGGCGGCGUCACGCUCCUCAAGGGCAACCUGGAUGACAACGGCAGCGUGGUGAGCGCCAUCAGGCUUGCCGACGUGGUCUUCUCCACCGUCGGGGUGCGGCAGAUCCCCUACCAGACCAAGCUCGUCGCCGCCAUCAAGGAGGCCGGAAACGUCAAGAGGUUCUUGCCGUCGGAGUUCGGCCUGGACGCCGACCGCUCGGAGGCCGUGGAGCCGACCAGGUCCAUGAUCACGGUGACCAAGGCGGCCAUCCGCCGCGCCGUCGAGGCCGCGGGCGUCCCCUACACUCACGUGCUGGCGGGCUACUUCUUCUGCUACGGGCUGCCCGGCGUCGGGCAGGUGCUCGCCCAGGCGCCCCCCGUCGACACGGCCGUCAUCCUCGGCGACGGCGUCGCCAGGGUGGUGUUCGUGGACGAGGCGAACAUCGCGGCCUACACCGUGCUCGCCGCCGGCGACCCUCGCGCCGAGAACAAGACGCUGCACAUCAGGCCGCCGGCCAACACGCUGUCGCACAACGAGCUGCUGGCGCUCUUGGAGGGGAAGACCGGCAGGGCGCUCGAGCGCGUGCACGUCCCCGAGGACGCUGUCCUCAAGCAGAUCCACUUGGCCGUUAAUGAAAGUGUGUGA